AUGUACGUCUCAUUCAUUGUUUCGACAAUACUUUUUCUACUUGUUAAUGGUGGUCUAACCAUCGAUUGUCCAAAUUCACCGUCACAAUGGUGUAAAUCAAACGAAAUUGCUCAAGCCUGUGAUGUAAUUGAGCAAUGUAAAACAUACGUUUGGAAAGUUCACGAGGACGAUAAUCGUGUUCAUUUAUCAAUUUAUUAUGAAACACUCUGUCCCGAUUGUCGACAAUUUAUUACAACACAAGUUUGGAAUGCAUAUCAAUCCAUUCCUGAUAUUGUCAAUAUAACAUUUGUUCCCUAUGGAAAUGCUCGUGAAUUAUACCGACCAGAAACAAAACUUUAUCAAUUCUAUUGUCAGCAUGGUGCCGAAGAAUGCUAUGGAAAUUUAAUUCAUACUUGCGUUCUCAAUUUCUAUCCAAAAAGUGAACAACAUAUACCAUUCAUUUAUUGUAUGGAAUCAACUGACGGUGAUACUGAAACAGUGGCGACACAAUGCGCACAAAAAUCAUCCAUUGACUACGAUCAAAUCACCGCCUGUACUCAUAGUCGACUAGGUAAUCAACUACAACAUGAAUAUGCAGUUCAAACUGAUAGUCUUCAACCACCACACCAAUAUGUACCUUGGAUAACAAUUAACGGUGAACAUACCGAUGAUAUGGAAAAACAAGCUGAAAAAGAUCUUAUUGGACUUAUAUGUAAAUCAUACAAAGGGCCUAAUCCUCCGGCUCAAUGCAAAUAA